CACUAUCUAGAGCUCUCAAAAGAAGGACGGAGACAUCAGUUCUACUGACCCGCAGUUCAGCUCAUUGGAACCAACGACGGAAAACGCUCGUCUCACUUUUGAGGAAGACUUCGUUAGGUCUGCGUCGGGCACGAGGAGAACAGGUCUCUGUAGAUCGAUUCGGGAGAAAGAGGGAAUACUUGAUUGAUAGAUCGAUCUCAGGAACGUCGAGAAAACGCAGAGCGAUUGGAUCUCCGACGAAGAGUCGGGAAGAUGGCGUUGGAAUGGAUGGUCAUGGGGUCGGCUGCAGCGAUUGAGGCUGUUUUUCUUCUUCUCUUGACACUGCCGCUUCCAAAUUCUCUUGCAAGAAACGUGGUGAAGCUGAUGAAGGCAGCGCUGCGUCCGUUGAUGGCUGUCAUCCCCUUUGCUCUGUUUCAGCUGUUGGAUGUUUACUGGAAAUACGAACAUAGGAUUACAUGCUCCGGCGAGUCUUGCACAACUCUUGAGAGGGAUCGUUUCGAGAAAUCGACGUACAAGGGUCAGAGGAAUGGAUUGAUUGCUCUGUGUGCUGCCUUUCUUUACUGGAUGAUCUACCGAUACGUGUACUAUAGCGAGGAGUUGGCGAGACUCGAGGUGCAAAAUAACAGAUCGAAGAAGGAAUAAGUAUAGGGUUUGAAAACGCAGGACUUUUCUUCCGUGUGCGUUUACUGGAGGCUUCUAUGCAGCCAUAGUUCCGACCUAUUCUUUCUUAAGACUUAGCAAACUGCACAAUUUCAAGUCAAACGAGACUGAUGAUGUCGGAGGAUGUAUUCAGUUGGUUGCAAAGGGGCUUUCCGGUCACGCGCAGUAAGCUCCACGGAAAUCUUCCAUUAGGGUUACGUCGAUAUGCACUUAUUUUUAUGUGCUCAUCUUGACUAUCGUAUAACCUACAUGUUUAAAGUCUGGAUGUACAGUUGUCUCGUUUGAAAUUCAUAGAAAGUGCUUGUUCAACUACUCUGUGAAAAAAUUCCAAGUUCUGAAUUUCACAAUUGUUGUUUGAUGUUGUGUUUAACUCUAUGAGUCUUACACCAUUGCUUUUCCAUAGGCUGCUGUGGGUAGGUUACAUGGAUGAAAAUCUAGAGAUAUGAU